AGCAGGUAUUUCCCUCUGUUCCCUAUCUUACCCUGCGCUUCUAGGAGCGGAGGCUCCAGAUGAGCUGCGCGGUGGCAGACAGCGCGCACAGAACUGCCUGUCCCUCUGAUUCCCCUGAUCUCCCAGGAAGUCGCAUAGGGUUGGAUGCCUGGGAGGAGCGAGAAGUUAACAUCACUCCCGUCCCGCUGCAGAGUGUCACUGCGCCCAGGGUUUGUUCUCCUCUAUUCCACCUAACAAAGACUUGACAGAGUGUUGGAGCAGGAGUAAUUCUGAAUGGCAAUGUAGAGGCAUACUGAAGGACCUGAGAGCCAUCACUCAGGCAGAGUGGCAGCAAGGUCAUUGGGCUAAGGAACGAAUUGCGAUGAGCAAACAUAAAAGGCCAGGUCUCCAUUUUCUGACAUUUCCAUGGAACAAUCGGAAAACCAUAAGGUGACAACUGGGACAGUUACUUGACAGAGCCUGACUGUCCUGCAAUGAAUCAAGGUUGCUUUCCUGCCUUGGGAUCACUGAUAGAGACAUUGUCAUGCAGAAAAUAAUUAUAUAGGACCUUUAAAGAAUGAGCUCCUCAAACCAGUGGAUUGUUCUGAAGGUCAAAGCCAUCCAAGAUCAAGCCCAAUUGCCAACAGUGAAAUCAGCUGGGCUUUUCAGAGUUCAAGAUUUUUGCUUCUGCAAGUAAAACCAGUUGGAGUUGUUCAAGGAAUUGAAUUGCAAAAAGGUUUCCUCUUCAAAAUAAAUUUAGUCGAGGAGUUUUUCCCAGACCUUUAAACUACCAUUGCAGUAUCAAACCCUUGCAUUGUGCUGAAUGGAUUUAAAAUGGCUGUAGGUGCUGUUGGAGACAGGAAAAUAAAGAAUGGAUGGAAAGGUUCAGAUGUAUUCUUCAAUAGCAAAUUGUUCCUUGCCCUUACCACUUUGUUUCCCCAUAGUCUCCCUACGGACCAGUGAGCCACUCUGGUCAAAUGUUUUGUUUCUGACAGCCUCAAGUAUUUUAAGGGUAUUUCUCUAUCUCUUUUUUACUGAUUCCAUUUUAAAGAAAUACAAGAAUCUCAGUAACAGAGAGCAAAUACUCUAAAGAAUCAACUUGACUGUCAAUAUGGUCAUACAAACUUACUUUCACUGGAUGCUAUAAAUCUAUUAUGCCCUACGACCUGCCCUGCAUUCAGCAGACAACUUUAGAUUGAUUUCUGAUCCCAUUGAUAAGCUUUCAAGUUCUUUCACUGAGACAUUUUGACUUUACCUGGUGGACUUCAACAAGUGAAAACCUGUGUGUCUACAUCUUUGAUUUUUCAUGUAGACACAAGACAGAUUUUUUUUUUUUUUUUUCCAACAACAUGGUUCCUUUUUGGACAGCAGGACCGUGGACACUAUUGGCAGCAUUAGGUCUUUUGAGCUGCUUUUGUUCUGUGUUGGCUGAGGCCUCAAGGACUAGUCCCACAAUCUCAACAGCGAGUAAACACCAAGAAGGACCCUCAUCACUUGAAAGAGUAAAGAGAGGAUGGGUGUGGAACCAGUUUUUUGUUGUGGAGGAGUACACAGGCACAGAGCCUCUAUAUGUCGGAAAGAUUCAUACAGACUCAGAUGAAGGCGAGGGCAAUAUCAAGUACACCAUCUCAGGAGAGGGAGCAGGCUCCAUCUUCAUCAUUGAUGAGUUUACAGGAGACAUACAUGCCACUGAGAAACUCGACCGAGAAGAAAAGGCUUUUUACACACUUCGAGCUCAAGCCAGAGAUCAUCGCACAAAUGACCCACUGGAACCAGAGUCUGAGUUUGUCAUCAAGGUCCAGGACAUCAAUGACAGUGAGCCCCAGUUCUUGGAAGGCCCCUACAUUGGCAGUGUGGCAGAACUGUCACCAAUAGGAACAUCUGUCAUGAAGGUUACUGCAUCAGAUGCUGAUGACCCUACAUAUGGUAGUAGUGCCAGAGUUGUGUACAGUGUACUUGAUGGAGAAAAGUUUUUCACCGUUGAUAGACAUACAGGAAUAAUCAUGACAGCAGUUGCGGAUUUAGACCGGGAGACACAGGAUCGUUAUGAGUUGGUUGUCAAGGCAACAGACAUGGCUGGCCAAAUGGGUGGUCUCUCAGGCUCCACCACGGUGACCAUAGUUAUCACAGACGUUAAUGACAACCCACCACGCUUUCCACAGAAGAUGUACCAGUUUUCGGUGUCAGAAGGGGCAGCUGUGGCGACACCGGUUGGAUGCGUCAUUGCUACAGAUGCAGACAUGGGAGACAACACAGAUAUGAGCUAUCUGAUCAAAGAGGGAGGAGAUCUUUUCAAGGUCACCACAGAUGUGGAGACACAGGAAGCUGUCGUCUCCAUUAAAAAGCCAUUGGACUUUGAGAGCAAGAGGACCCACAAUGUUGUCGUAGAGGCUGUAAAUAAACAUGUUGAUCCUCGCUUUGUUGACCUGGGAUCAUUCCGAGAUCAGACAAUUGUUCGGGUCAGUGUGUCGGAUAUUGAUGAGCCACCAAUCUUUCAACCGGCAGAAGGUGCUGUCAUGGAAGUCCAGGAAGAUGCUAAAGUCGGAUCACUCGUUGGUAUUGUCACAGCCAGGGAUCCAGAUGUGGCAAACAAACCUGUAAGGUUUUCUAUUGAUCCAACAUCAGACCAGGACAUGAUCUUCCACAUUGAUGCUGAUUCAGGUGCCAUUACAUUAGGAAAAAUUUUGGACCGAGAGACAGCAGGCUGGCACAACAUCACUGUGAAAGCUGUGGAAGCAGAUAACCACACAAUGGUUUCCUUCUCCACCAUCAGUAUUAGGAUCCUGGAUGUAAAUGAUAAUCCUCCUGAGCUUGCUACACCAUAUGAAGCCUCUAUAUGUGAAGAUGCGAAACCAGGACAGUUAAUUCACACCAUCAGUGUGGUGGAUAGAGAUGAACCACCAUCUGGACAUCGCUUUUUCUUCACGCUACCAUCUGAAGCUGCCAGUAGUCGUCAUUUCACUCUCUGGGAUGUCAAAGACAACACAGCUGGCAUCCGGACCCAGAAGUCAAGCUUUAACCGCCAUGAACAGAAUGUGUACUUCCUGCCCAUUCUCGUUGUUGACAGUGGACCUCCCUCCCUCAGCUCAACGGGGACCCUAACCAUCCAUGUUUGUGGCUGCGACACAGAGGGAGCUAUCCAGACCUGCAAUGCAACAGCCUAUGUAAUCAGUGCAGCUCUUAGCCCUGGGGCACUUAUAGCACUUCUGGUCUGCAUGCUCAUCCUCAUAGUUUUAGUCUUGCUGAUCCUCACUCUGAAACGCCACAGGAAAGGCCAAAGGAUAGCAGAGGAUGAGGAAGACAUGAGAGAUAACGUCAUCAAAUACAAUGACGAAGGCGGAGGCGAGCAGGACACUCAGGCAUAUGACAUGAGCGCUCUGAGGAACCUUUAUGACUUCCCAGAGGCCAAAAACUGUGACUCUGGUCCAGACAUCUGCUCGUUGCCACAAUGGAUACAGGCAAAUAGAGUGGGAGGGGCGGUGGAUGGCACUAUGGCAGCAGCAACAGACUUCUCUCUUUUCAAAGGCUACAUACGAAAAAAGGUGGAGCAGGCUGAUGCCGACCUGUCUGUGCCGCCAUAUGACUCAUUCCAGACAUAUGCCUUUGAGGGCACCAGUUCACCUGCACUUUCACUGAGUUCAAUCCACACACUGUCCACAACAUCUGAACUGGAUUUCUCCUACCUCAGCGACUGGGGGCCACGUUUUAGGCAACUUGCAGGCUACUAUGCUCCAGGAAAGACCGAGGAGGAAGCAUCCUAGCACAGUUUCUUAUUUACAGAAGGACAGUUAAACACUCCCUGUUCCCUUUUUUGUUUUUUCAGAAACUGACCCUCUUGCACUCACCUGAGUUAAUCAGAGUUAACCCUGUGUAGUUCUUUAAGUCAGAGUGCAGCCUCUUUAUCUCAUAUUGGUGAUCCUCAGAAGUAGACUUGGAGCUCUGAGAAAACAUGCUUUGCUGUGUUUUUCUAUACUUUUGUUUUUUAAUCUUCAAUUUGAGGUUGACAUGUGGGAAAACAUGGUGUUUACUCAUUUUUUGUUUGUAAAGGAAUAAUUUUCUGCUCCCAAACAUAAAAACCUUCAUUUAAAGCUAUGACACUACUGAGAGUUAAGAGGAUUGUUAUUACUUGGGCAGGACUCUUGGAAGUGCACUCUAUAUACACAUAUUUAAAGAAAGAAGAGUUCAUAUAUUUAUUCAUCUUUAUUUAUUUAUUUAUUCAUGCAGUGGUUAACAGCAAAAAUUUACUCUUAAUCUUGCAUACGAAUAAUGAGGAACAACUUUAAUAAAGGAUGAGAAGAAAAGACUUCAGUGCCAGAGUACUUCACAAAAUUCUGGUGUUGAAGUGGCAAGUGAGCCAUACAAAGAGUACACAGAGAAAAACAGUUUUGUAUGAAGUCCUACUGAGGAAGAAUGCAAAAAAGAAGAUGAAGUACAUUUUAGUCUGAUUAACCAUUCCUGUAUUUUGUGGUUUAUUUAAAAAAGGAAAACUUUGAAGGUCAGAUACUGCAACCAUGUGUGCAGCACCUAGGCACAAAACACUAUGGGGGUUCACAAAAAAAACAAAACAAAAUGACUGUUUUAUGAAGCUGGCUGUUGGUCAACUUUGUGACAAGAGCAGGCAAAUAUAUUACAUAUUUUUUGCAAGUAUGUAAAAUAUGUUUAUUUCAUUUUGUUUUCAAAUUUAUUAGCCAUUUAUCUUAUUUGUUCAUUGUUUGUUUCUUUGGGGAUGGGAAAAUGUGGUAAAUGGUGAUUGGAUCUCAUCCACGUAAUAUCCCUUCUUACUCCAUGUUUAGCUUACAUUGCAAAUGUAUCGAAAAUCAUAAAAAAGAGAGACCAAUAAAUAUUUAACUUUUUUGUAAAUCUUAAA